AUGGAUGGUCUCGCCAUUGUAGCCGAAGUUCCACGCUACGAACGUCACCCUCAACUCUAUCACGAUGACGGAGACGUCGUUCUGCGGGCCCACAUCUCGUCUGAAGGACAUCCACUGAGGUACCAGCUAUUCUGCGUCCGGAAGGCGAUUCUGAGUGCCCAUUCCGAUGUAUUCUCCAACCUUUUCUCCGACGCCUCUGAAAACGUCGGGCCAACGUACGAUGGCAAGCCACUGAUCAACAUGGCGGACGAGGCGGCCGACGUAUCCCAUCUCCUAUUAUACCUGUAUGAUUCCUCCCGGUACCUCUUGCGAAAUUCGCACCCCGAUACCCCCUUAGAGCUCCUCGGCGCUGCCAGGCUCGCGGACAAGUACGUCAUGCCCACGGUCCGUGCAGCGAUGGUCAGGCGAGUCACGAUGGACUGGCCAACCACCGUUAGCCAGUGGGACAUUCAUCAAGCCAGGAUCCGUGCCAUGGAGGAGCUCAUCACGCGCCCCGAUUAUCCCCAGUACAUCGUCAUGGCCCGGCUCACCCCAGAGCCCGUCGCCGCCAUCAACUUCGCGCACGCGCAUGGAUGCCCCGAGCUUCUGCCCGCCGCAUUCUACCACCUCGCGUCCAUCGACGUCGGCAACGACUGGACCGUGCUGGACCAAUUCCCCCAUCCGAGCGCGCGGCUGUUCGCGCGCUGGCCGCUGUGUGCAAACGAGGACCUCCUACGCUGCAUGCGUGGGAAGCAGGCGCUCGCGGAAUACCACACCGCGGUGUACACGCGUCUCAAGAACGCGGAGCCGCUUGCGGAGGACUGCAAGUCGUUAUACUGGGUGCCCGGCGGCGCCGUCGGCCAGCAGUGGGACUGGAACGGGAGGCCGAGCCCUCGCUCGCCGUGCGCGCAUUGUAUGCACACGUUGUGCGAGAUGGGGUGGGGACAGGUGCCGAUGGACGAUCCGCUGAGGGCGCUGGCGGAUCUGAUCGACUAUCGGAAUAUUGAGGACCUUACGCGGGCUUGUCCGGCUGGGCUGUGCGUUGACUGUGAGGCGGAGCUCGCACUCUGGGUUACGAAGGAACGGAUGGCGCUAUGGGGACGCCUUUCGGAUUACUUCAAGCUGAAGUAG